AUGCUCCAAGGACCCACAACAAGAACCAUGCACCAUUACUUUAUCUCUGAGAUGUUACCUGUUGCGAUGAUCACUGCCAUUGCCACGUUAGUAAGCAUGGCUACUGCAAGACCAUCACUAAAUUAUUUGGAAAACCGCUUUUCCAUCGAGAACGAGUCUGAAGAAGUGCGUUCUGCAGCUAUCAAGAGGCUGCUGGAGGUGUUCGGGAUGGAGGAUGCUCCUCUCCUCCGGGGCGACAAGCAGCCGCCUCAGUACAUGGUCGACCUGUACAACACCGUCGCAGAUGUGGACGGCGUUACCAAGGAUCCCUACAUUCUGGAGGGGAAUACAGUUCGCAGCUUCUUCGACAAACGUAAUAUUUUGAUAUUUUAACCUCGACCCUGUCGAUAGAUCAGUUAUAUUAGGUUAGGCCUAUACCUGUAUCUCUAUUGCACCUGCCAGUCCUAUGAUUCACCUUAUGCAAUAUUUACAAAUAAUUCGUAUAUUACGCACGUAUUAGGCUCACAUUAUAAGUCUAUCAUGGCACUUUUGCUUUUUACAAUACGUAUUAUCCUUCCCGCACACAGUGCACAGUGAACAAAUUGAGUUCCUGUUCAACUUGUCUAUGGUGGCCAGGAGUGAGAAGGUUUUAACCGCGGAGCUUCAUCUCUUCAAGCUGCGGCCUCAGGCUUCGGCGACAUUCAACAGAUAUCACUUUUGUCAGGUAUAAACUCAAUGUGACCCAUUUAUAUAUGCAUGUAGGCAGACAUGCAGAGAGACUCAACUGUCCUUUAACUCCUCAAAAGUAAGCUAAGCAAAGCUAAUGGUGAAUCCAUUCAUUCCCCACAGGUCAGUGUCUACCAGAUUCUUGAUAGCAGGAAAAUGAACAUUACUCAGGGGAAGAAGCUGCUGUCUUCCAGACUGAUCCCUGUCCACUCCACUGGCUGGGAAGUGUUCACCAUUACACAAGCUGUAAGUAUCUCAUUCAUCCAUCCAUCCACCCACCCGUCCACUAUCCAUCCAUCCAUCCAUCCAUCCAUCCACCCCUAACCCAACAUAACUCUCUCCCUAUAAAGGUGCGUUCCUGGAUGGCUGUUGAGGGCAGUAACCUGGGUCUGCUGGUGGCAGUGCAGACCCUGGGAGGAAGCCAGAUGGAUCAGAAGGUGGUGCGUUUUGCUUCAGGCCGUAAACACCAUGAGAGCAAGCAGCCCAUGCUGGUGCUGUUCACUGACGAUGGCCGCCGUGCUGCCGCUCUGGAGAAUACAGUCAAAGGUAGCCUACCACACUAUCACCUUAUUAUUAAUGUGUUAUUACUGUAUCACUACCACACUAUCACCUUAUUAUUAAUGUGUUAUUACUGUAUCACUACCACACUAUCACCUUAUUAUUAAUGUGUUAUUACUGUAUCACUACCACACUAUCACCUUAUUAUUAAUGUGUUAUUACUGUAUCACUACCACACUAUCUCCUUAUUAUUAAUGUGUUAUUACUGUAUCACUACCACACUAUCACCUUAUUAUUAAUGUGUUAUUACUGUAUCACUACCACACUAUCACCUUAUUAUUAAUGUGUUAUUACUGUAUCACUACCACACUAUCACAUUAAUAUUAAUGUGUUAUUACUGUAUCACUACCACACUAUCACAUUAAUAUUAAUGUGUUAUUACUGUAUCACUACCACACUAUCACCUUAUUAUUAAUGUGUUAUUACUGUAUCACUACCACACUAUCACCUUAUUAUUAAUGUGUUAUUACUGUAUCACUACCACACUAUCACAUUAUUAUUAAUGUGUUAUUACUGUAUCACUACCACACUAUCACCUUAUUAUUAAUGUGUUAUUACUGUAUCACUACCACACUAUCACAUUAAUAUUAAUGUGUUAUUACUGUAUCACUACCACACUAUCACAUUAAUAUUAAUGUGUUAUUACUGUAUCACUACCACACUAUCACCUUAUUAUUAAUGUGUUAUUACUGUUUCACUACCACACUAUCACAUUAUUAUUAAUGUGUUAUUACUGUAUCACUACCACACUAUCACAUUAAUAUUAAUGUGUUAUUACUGUAUCACUACCACACUAUCACAUUAAUAUUAAUGUGUUAUUACUGUAUCACUACCACACUAUCACCUUAUUAUUAAUGUGUUAUUACUGUAUCACAACCACACUAUCACGUUAUUAUUCAUUUGUUAUUACUGUAUCACAACCACACUAUCACGUUAUUAUUCAUUUGUUAUUACUGUAUUACAACCACACUAUCACGUUAUUAUUCAUUUGUUAUUACUGUAUUACAACCACACUAUCAUGUUAUUAUUCAUUUGUUAUUACUGUAUUACAACCACACUAUCACGUUAUUAUUCAUUUGUUAUUACUGUAUUACAACCACACUAUCACCUUAUUAUUAAUGUGUUAUUACUGUAUUACAACCACACUAUCACGUUAUUAUUCAUUUGUUAUUACUGUAUUACUACCACACUAUCACGUUAUUAUUCAUUUGUUAUUACUGUAUUACUGGUGUAUUAAUAGAACAUGAUUAUCUCUGUCAUAAUACUUCAUCUUUUAUUUGUACGUUUAUCAGCAGUACUACUGAAUUUUUACUGUUGAACCUAAUAUCAAUAGUAAAUCAUCUUAAUUGAGCGUGUAUUCAGUUCAAUUAGAACCACAUUUCCCUAACCAACUCUACCUUUUCUCUAUCCAGAUCCCAAUGAGACCCCAGCCGCCCCCAGCCUGCCUUCCCUCCCCAACGCUCCAGGCCUCCACCGCAGUGCCCGCUCCCUGGACUACGACGAGGACGGAGAGAAGAUGACGUGCCAGCGCCUGCCUCUCUACGUGGACUUUGAGGAGAUCGGCUGGUCCGGGUGGAUCGUGUCGCCCCGGGGGUACAACGCCUACCACUGUAAGGGCUCCUGUCCCUUUCCCCUGGGCCAGAACAUGAGACCCACUAACCACGCCACCGUCCAGUCCAUCAUCAACGCUCUGAAGCUGACUAAAGGCAUUGAGACGCCAUGCUGCGUGCCAGACAAGCUCUUCUCCAUCAACCUGCUGUAUUUUGAUGAUGAUGAGAACGUGGUGCUGAAGCAGUAUGAUAACAUGGUGGCAGGAAGCUGCGGCUGUCACUGA